AGGGGUAUAUAUGAUGCCCCCUCACGGAGCCUCCUGGUUCGUUUGGAUUUGUGGCCGUUCGAUGCCGCGUUCCAUUAGAUUUCCGCCGUCGAUAUUUUUUCACCAAGGCCGUAUAAAAUGAGCAGCCCACGGUGAAAACCUAGCAGCCUCCAAGAUGCCCGCGCGCCCUUCCCUUGGCGGCGCCCGCGCCUGCGCUCGCUGGCCACAGAAGGGCGGCGGCGGCUGCGCGCGCUGGCCGUGGAAGAACGGCGGCUGGCCUGGAGUAGAACGCUGAGGGACUCGUCUCCUCCCUCCACCCCCAAUCAACUCUCGCGUCCCCUCCACCUCCCCUAUAGCAGGCGCAUCGGGAUGGCCAAGAACUCAAGAAGCCCGCCGGAGACGCGGAUGCGGAAGAGCGGCGGCGCCUGCGCUCGCUGGCCGCGGAAGAGCGGCGGCUGGCCGGCCCUGGAGUAGCACGCGAGGGAUCAGCGGUCGAAGCUCAGCCACCGAGCCCUCCUCCGUUUUCCUCAGUGCGCCUGCCGGUCAGAAGGAGGACUCGAUCCACACGUGGUCCCCUACGUCUCCCUCUCUCGAGCUGCUGCUAAAGCACCUCCGUGAACCACAUUUCUGACGCCAUCCCCAUCGCAUAGGGGAGCCAAGCACUAGGGAGACAAAGAGUUGGGAAGGAAGAGAUGAGGAAGAAGGCAAUUUGAAGUUGUUCGGAAAAAAGGGGAGGGAUCAAGCCGCAGCCAAGAAGAAGGGAGCCAGGGCAGAGAACGGGAUCAGAAGAUCAUCAUCCCCAACUAGAUUUGGUCAUUCUCAAGCAAAUCUAGACCAAAGAUCCUGUUGGAAAUCCAGGUUGGGCAUGACCGAGGCAAGGAUCAGUGAACUUCAUAAAUUAAAGAAGCGGAAAAUUCUAAGAGAUAUGACAUGUCCAGAAUUCUGCAGUGAUGCUGGAAAGAAAUGAAGAUCUCAGAAUUGCUUACAUUGAUGUUGUCGAGAGCAUUAGGAAUGGAAAGCCCAGCACUGAGUAUUACUUGAAGCUUGUUAAAUCUGACAUCCAUGGAAAGGACAAGAUAUACCAACAGAUGUUCCUCAUUCUCAUUGAUUGGAUGUGCUUUUUUUUGGGGUACUGCCUUCCAUUCUUAGCUGGUCAAAUUUUUAUUGCUGAUUACAGUUUCCAAGGGCUUCACCAAUUCGAAAGGUGCUCUCGCAAACCCGCUAUCCCCUACCAAGGAUCCUCUCGGGAGGAUUGAUCGUGGUGCCAUUCAAAUUUUCUACUUUGAGCGCUACUUCCAGGUGACACAAACCACUGAUAGUUGUUUGCUUCCUCUUAUCUACCUACUGUGGGAUCUGAGGAUUGUGCCCUUUUGCUGUGGUAUUGGACAUAUACUAUCAAGCAUGUGGUGCAAUAGUUGUAUUCGAGUGCUUUUGCUUCAAGCUACUAUCAGCUGCUUAGUUCUGUAGUUUCUUUCGUCAUGUGGUGUGCUUCUUCGGAAAAAAAGAUUUGUGUAUAUAUUUCUGAUUUACUACUUGUUUGUUUCACUCUUAUUAUCAGUGCUAUGUGCAAUAAUUCCCCGAUACUUAUUAUGGAUCAGAGGGAGUAUUAGUUA